CUAUGUGGCUUAGAAGCACCCCUUGGCCUCACAUGCUCAAUAUAUCUGGGAUGACUCUGAAGCGGGAAACCUCACAAACUAUAGUGCCAUUUCAGAGCUCUCCGAAAGCAGUACGAUGCAUGCUCGGCUAUGCAUUGAAAUCUCAUGAUCGAUAGAUCUUGUUUCAGAACGCCUUCUCAAAUCAUCACAAGCCUUCCCGAUGAACUUGCUCCACCACUUGACCAUGAUGGUCUUUGUGGCACUUAUUUAUCCCUGCAUUUGUAAACCAUUUCGGUUACAUACAGACCAACAACACAUUCGACGCCACCGCGCCCGAAGAAGCCUCUCCCAAAUCGGCGGUCAUCGCAGCAUUUUCACUGAGUUGUGGGGUGUCGAUACGGAAUGGUCACAAUCCUUGGGCAAUCCUUGCUUCAGUCGACCCAACGAACUAGAAAAUGCGGAAGAAAUCGACGCAUUAGGAAUCAAUGGUCGAGAGCAUGAGAUCAAUCUCCAAUCAGCAUCGCUCUUGAGCCACCUUCGAGCUCUGGAACCGCAAAUGAGCCUUAAUGAGUGCUCGGACCAGAGUCUUCAGAACACCCCCGAUCUUCCAAAUGAAGAGGAUUUCGCUCCUCGAGGCAACUUCUCCACGGCAGUUUUGGCCAAAGUUUACAAUUCCUUCUACUUCCUGUCUUCGCAAUUCCGAAUCAUGCAUUUGGAUUGGGCUCAUGGAAAGAGCUGCAGCCGAUUCCGGGAAACCCUGGUGCCCAAGUUUUUAAGAAUGGCACGGGCUUUCAGGGAUGGAAUGUGCUCGUUGCUAAACCCCGGCCAUGCUCAACUAGCUCCCUACCCAUCGGACGAGCUCUUGGAGGAGCAUGAAAAGGCCCUCAAUAGAGCUAUUUAUCAUUAUCACGAUUGCUCAGGUCGGAGCAAUCGAGAUUGCAUUGUCGUGGCUUAUGGCAAAAAACUAGUCGAGGCCAUCCAAAGCCACACCCAACAAAUCUAGGAACCAAACCCGGGCCUCAAAUCCGAUCUCGAAAUGUGAUAUUUUUCAGCAUACCUUCAGAUACCUGAAAGAAGACGAAGUGGGUGUUCUUGGCGAUUUAUGCCCUUGAACGGUUCCCAACGAUUUUAACCAAAGGAUCAACAAGUAACGUCCUUGAUGACAUCAUGGAUAUACAUCACCAGUAUUAUUUUCAACCCACCAAAUGUUCUAACCCCAAUAAUUGGAGUAUUUUUCCCACUAUGGUGAUUGAUUGGGAUCUCUUUUCCCACGACCAUUGAAAGUGAUUCCAUCCUCAAUACGCCCUAUCUCGAUAUGACAUUUGUAAACGAAAGGUCCAUCUAAUUUGUAUUGGCACGCCAGGAUUCUUUUUUACCCAAUAAUAUCCUGAAGUAAAUGGUAGUAUUUUUGUUCCUCGCAUUGUGAUUUUUACUAAACUAACUUUUAGUACCACUUGAGGUCGCUAUCAUAUGAAAUCGUGUAGUUAAGGUCAACAAUCCCGACCCCAAUCAACCCAAAUUGACGAAACCUUAGGGAACAAAUGGUAAACCAAGAUUCAUGU